CAGCCGAGUAGGCGUAGCGAUUAUUACGUUGACGCGAAUAUAAAGGAAUACCAUCGACGUUGUUGCUUAGAUUUUGUGUUGUCCUAUAAAAGUUACCAAAUUAUACUAAUAUCAUACGGAUCUUGCGAAGUGGGAUAUUUAUGCAGCGGAAAUAUUGUAAAAUUUACAUCCGAAAUUAGUGUUUACUGAUUCGAGUCAGUGGUGCAGUAUCUUUUAAAUAAUAAAAUCCCAGGAAAAAAAUAAUCAUGGCAAUGCUUCCCAUCUUUUAUGAAGGAAAUGAAGAUGACGAAGAAGAUACUUACUACGAGGUUGACAUUGACUCAUUUAAUCUGGAAGAGUAUGUUGAUAAGUACAGUGGCCUAACACGGAUAAACAGAUUAAUGUUCAUUGCUCAGCAUUUUCCGAAAAUAUGUAGUGAUGCACUCCGUUUAGCUCUUUCGUAUGUCCUCAAGACUCUGAAUACCGAAUUAUUUAAAUUGGUUCAUUAUAAACUUCAAUGCAAUUUUAAAAUUAGGCAGUCAGAUGUUCAUGAACGUGAAUUUAAACAUAGGCUGGAGAUAAUGUCAAAAAAAGCGGCUUGUAGAUAUGAACACCUUGAUAAAAAGCUAAGAAAAUCUUUUACGUGCUCAACCAGGCAUAACAUAUACAAAAAUUGUAUGCACAUCGGUGACCAUUUUGUUGAGUGUGGAGAUUUCACUAAAGCUACCACUUGUUAUGUAAAAGCUAAAGACUUUGUAGAUCAAUUUAGUCAGUUUGUAUCCUGGCAUAUUAAGAUUAUUAAGGUGAAGAUAUAUUUGCAAGAUUGGUCAGCCGUCGCCAGAACCUUAAAAAACGAAUCUGUCUUUGAAGAUCGAGAAAAAGAUUCUCAUCUGGACAUUUCAUACUGUUCAACGUUGGCGUGCAUUAGAGGCUUAAUCGAUUUAAAAAAUCAUUGCUACAAAUCAGCAGCUGACAAUUUCUUAGAAGUUAAUUUUUUUCAUUACGAUGAUGAUUUUGAAGUAUUGACCAAAAAUAAUGUUGCUAUAUACUGUGGAUUGUGUGCUUUAGCUUCAUUUAACCGCUUAGAAUUAAAAGACAAAAUAAUUGACAACAAAUCUUUCAAGCCAUUUUUCAGAUUGGAACCCAAGAUAUUUGAUGCAAUUUUCCAGUUGCACAAUAUUAAAUAUAAUGCAUAUUUGAAAACGCUCGAUGAUAUUAAGCCAUUAUUGCUUCUCGAUAUGUACAUUGGAUCUCAUAUAAAAACAAUCUACUCCACCAUCGGCCACAAUACAAUGUUGGAAUAUCUAAGGCCCUUGGAUUAUGUUGAUAUAAGAAAAAUGGCAGUGUGUCUUAAUAUACCUUUACCCGAUUUAGAAAGUAAACUUGUGCAACUUGUACAGAAUGGGCAUAUAAAUGGUAGCUUUGACUUGGUGAAUAAAGCCCUUAGUAUCACAUAUCCAAAUAGAAGCAGCCCAGAAAUAUACAACAAAGCCAUGGUAAAAGCAAAAGAGAUCAAUAGAUAUUAUCAUACAAAUAUUAUCAGUAGGCAAGUGAUCCAUUCCAAAAAAAAUACAAAAGAAAUUGAGAAGCUAAGAAUGUCUUUUAAUAAGUUAAACACGAAUGGUUGAUUUGUACAUAAUAAAUAGUUUUUUAAUUCACAUUCUGGUCGUUGGCAAUCUCCUGGGCAUUAAAUUAAGUUAAAAAAAAGUAGUUUAAUAAAUAUUUGAUGAAUUAUAAUAUUAUUGUAUUAUUAUAACUAGUCGAGUAUUUUUAAUUUUAAUUUUUAAUAUUGACAACCUUGAAAUAGCGUUUUACGUGAACAAAAAUUAAAAGUAACUAUAAAAAAUGUAUAUAUAUAUAUAUAUAUAUUAAUGUCGGGACUUAUAAAAUCUAGAAUUAUAUUUAAAAAAAAAAAUGAUUUGGCUAGAAUGACUGUUUUUGUUGUAAUUUGAAUUUUUGUGGUUCUACCAACGAUAAGUUAUAAUUUAAAAUAAUUCAGACAAAAUAGGUAAUUUUUAUAGCCGUUUUUGAUUUGUGACAGUUUCGGGAAAUCAAUACUUGCGACGUAUACUGAUAGUGUUCUUGUGAACCUGAAAUAUAAUAAUAUGACAUCCCUGAUAAAAGCAACAAAUUGUCAUAUUCAAUCUUAACUAAAUUUGUUUUCUUUGUGUAAAUAAUGUGUGAACAUAUUAUAUUGCAAUUAAUCUAAUUUUGUUGUUUGUAUAAAAAAAAUACUCAUUUUCAUUCAGUAUUUCUUCCUAAUGCAUGACGAAGUAGUAUUAAAUGUAAUUUAUCUUGUACAAUAUUUCUUAAUUUUAGUUUUUAAAUAAUUAAUGGUUUGUUGAACAACAUCGUUUUGUAAAAAAAUUUUUUAGUAAAUUGUACCUAGUCUAUUUAUAUCGAUGUCAAUUAAAUUAUUGUAUGUACCAAUUCUCGUUAAUUAACUAAUACAACUUAAAGUUUGAAUGUUAAGGUUAGAUAAUAAUUAUAAUGUUAUAAACUGUUGCCAAGUAUUUACAG